AUGAUAGGUGCAAUUCGUGCUAUGAAUUCCGGGCUUUCUGUCGAUAAUUAUUGUUCAGUUGUUACUGUAGGAAGAAAAACUUGGGCUACAAAGGGAGAAGAGCUGGAGGCAGCCAAGAUGGAAUUCAUAGAGACCUACAAAAUUUUGGAAGGAGAACUUGGAGACAAGCCUUACUUUGGAGGUGAAAACUUUGGGUACUUAGAUGUAGCUCUAAUACCUUUCUACAGUUGGUUUUAUGCCUACGAGAUUUUUGGAAAUUUCAACAUAGAGACGCAGUGCCCCAAGAUCGUGGCAUGGGCUAAAAGGUGCAUGAAAAGGGCGAGUGUGUCAAAGUCCCUUGCUGAUUUUCAUAAGGUUCAUGAGUAUGCUUUGAAGUUGAGGAAGAAACAUGGGAUUGAUUAA